GUAAAUAGCGGUAUUUUGGUGCUUGAGACAAAAACGUGUUCCGCAGUGUUAUUGCUCGUAAAACCAUAAUUCUGGAAGCAAAUUAGAAGGUGUCUGGAUUCGAUUCCCGGACGGUCCAAGAUCUUUUUGUAAUUGUUAUUUCAUUGGCUAUCUUGAGUAUAAAGUGCGCACAGAACCCUAAGGCUCGGUCCUAGUGGAUGAGAGCUUUCAGGUUUUAAAGAAAUGUGACAAAAUAUGCAAUGAUAGUGAUUAAGGUGAAAAUCAAAAAGUGAGGAAGCUGCGCAUAGUUGCGAUCGUUGGAAGUAAAAGUUCAGAGGAUUAGGCAGUUUGCACAAUAGCGCUAGGCUUACGGACUGCCGCAGCAAAAUGGGCAACUACUGUAGUUCGGGUCAAACAAAGAAGGAUAAGGACAAUGCUUCGGAGAAGUCGGAAGAAUCGCCAUCGUACCAGCUGGCCGAAAAGAACAAAACCAAAUCCAACGAUACGAAGGAAGCUCCACUAGCAGCACCGGAGGUAACAUCCGAUGGGUCCGGAACGGGGCCGGUAUCAAACAACUCGACUGCCAGUGUAGGAGGAGCGGCCAAUCCGGCGGCAACAGGUGGCUCUACGGAAGCAAGCAAAGCGCAACUGAAGGCAUUGCAGAAUGUACAAUCGGUAACACUCUCUGCUGAUUCAACGUCCAAUAGCCCAAUGGCUGCCUCACCACCUUGUGAUAUUGCGUUGAUGCAGCAGAACCUUCCUCAGAGCUUGACGCCACUGUACGGGAAACCAGCUUCUAGCCGCCGCACGGAUAAAUACAAGAAAAUUGUGCUCUACAUUCUGGCUGCCGACGAUGCGUAUCAAACCGAGAAGACCGUGAUGCGCGAUGUGUUCAAGGGUUUGGUCCAAAAGUGUCAAAGUCGAGGUUUUGAGCUGCACGUUUCGGAUUUGCACGUGGAACCAACCAAGGGAAACAGUUUCAAUGUGACCAAGUGGCUCAGUGGUCCUCUGGAGGCGCAAGGCGGACACGAUUUGGCGGCAAACUGUUUGGCUGAGAUCGCGCGCCAGUCGUGCGAUUCCUACUUAAUUCCUAUUCUGUUCCUGAGCUCUACCUUGGGAGACCCGUUACUUCCGCUGACAAUAGAAAGUCAGGACUUUGCCACGGUGCUGCAAACGGCCGAAUUGAAGGCAGAGGACCGAGCCAUUCUGGAGAAGUGGUACACAUUGGACGACAAGUCACAGCCGGCGUGCUACCGUUUGAAUGUCAAAAAUAACUCGAAUCUAACGGCGGAUGAAUCGGAGAAGGAACUCUCUGCGUUGCUGAAAAUUUUAAUAGAUGUCUUUUCCAAAGAGCUGCGGGAUUCCUAUCUGACUACGGUAGUGGAACAGGAAAUCAACAACACGGUUCUUAUCAACCAAGAGCUCUCUAAGCGGUGUUUAUGGAUCCAAAAUUCGAUCUCACCAUUGAAAGUCACUGAAAAUUCAACAUCUGCCGAGGUAGAAAUGGUUCGGAGAUUGACCAAUAUUCAGAGUGAUUUGAAGAAUCACCUGACCGAGAAACACAUCCUUCGCAUUCCGGCGAACAUAGCCCAGCAGCAGGACCAGUUUGCCACACUGCUGGAGAACUGUCUGUCUACCGAAAUUGACCUGAUCGUCGAAGAGCACAUGAGCAAGUAUUCGAUUCCCAUGUGCACGUACGGAGUCGAUCGCCGACUGUUGAGUGAGAUCGAAGAAGUCAACCGCCAUUCACGUGUUCUGAACGAAAACUGCGCCAAUUUCUCCAUUACGGACCGCGUGAAGGAGUACCUCACUAGUAAACGGCGGAAACCGUUGGUGAUUUACGGCAAGACCGGUGCCGGGAAGAGCGUUCUGGUGGCGAAGAUCUCCCAAAAUAUCCAUACGUGGCUGCCGGAUUCUCAUUUAGUUCUAAGAUACACCAAUCUGACGGCUAUGAGUUCUGAUGUCACUUCGCUAUUAGGAUCAAUCACGGAACAAAUUUCAGUACUAGUGAAAAAUGUACCAACUCGUUGCCAUCAUACCAUUGAAUCAUACUCGGAUGCUCUUAAACAACUGAUUGAGAGCACGAAACAGCAAAUCACAAUUCUGAUCGAUUCCGUAGAUAGUCUCCGGGAUCUAGACGAGCUGGACUGGUUGCCCCUCGAACUAUUGGAAAAUGUGAAACUAGUACUGACUGUAUCGUCCAGCUGCACCAGUCACGACCAGUUCGGAGCAGAUGACGCUGUACUGAAACGGUUGAAGGAGAAAAUUGCCGAUGCCGAAAGCUUUCUGUAUUUGACGCCUUUCACCCAGGAACAGUGGGAGGAUGUGUUGUGCUUCGGAGGAGGAGACAUCUACUCGGCGAAUGGCGCUCUACAGUUACCUGAUAGCUGGAAAAAGUCUGAUGAAAAAAUCUCGGUCCAAGCUAAGAUUCUUUGGUGGCUUGCUUGGCUUGGAGUAACAGAAUUAGCGGAUACAUCGGUGUCGCACAUCAGCGAGAAGGUGUUCGAGAUUCUAGAGGUAAAAUUCACUGGAGAUUUUAUCAGGUUUAUUAUGUCGGUGCUGCUGGCGGCGCGCGAGGGUCUACUCGAAACGGAGAUUAUUACGCUUAUUAGGAAUUCUAGUUUAGUUACAGGGUCCACCACUAAGUUAUGGACACAUUUUUGCUGGAAAAUGGGACCAUUAUUUUUGCACAACAAGAAUAUUAUCGUUGUGGACAAAACGCUCAGAGAAGUAGCUAGGAAGCGAUAUGAGAAGGACAUCCAGCUCGCGCACAAAACACUGUACGACUACUUCGAGAAGCAACCGGACUGCUAUACCGAUAAGAAAGGAAAGGAAAAAAGCUUCAACAUUAGGAAAUUCAUAGAACUCCCAUACCACAAGUACAAGCUAGAAGCCAGCGCAGCAUCCUUUGCCUCUUCGUCUUUCCUCACCGAUCUGAGCUGGCUUCACGCAAAACUAACCGCUACCGGCUGUGUUCAUUUGUUGAAUGAUAUUUGUUUAGUUAACUUAACGGAAAAUGGCGACAAUCCAGCGCUGGGCCAUCUGCUGGUGCUGAAAAAGUUCUUGGAGACUCACUUCAAGGCUCUGAACUACGAUGGCCAGCAGUUGUUUUCCUUGUUGUAUGUGUACAUGGAGACUGUCGAUCCGAGCUUGACUGGGAACGAAGUGUUGAAGAAGUGGCGCCAGUUCAUCGAUGCCAGUCCAGUAACUUAUCUACAGAAGCUGGAAUACAGUGAACCGAGUGCAGUAACGGAAGAAGGCGAAGUUGAGAAGACAGAUGCUCCAGUGGGAUAUGAUCUGAUAAUGAACCUGAAUAUUGACGGAUUCUUCGUAAUAUCUCUAAGCACUGAAAGAGAGGAGAUUUGUGUAUGGGAUGUUGCAAAGUGCAGUAAAGUACGCACAUUGUUGGGAGUGCCACAGCCGUCAGCGAUUUGUCCAGUCGGCGAGAAUGGUGUUGCUGUAUUGUGCAAACGGGAGAUCAGGAUCGUUGAUCUAGACGAGGGAAAAUUCAAGGUCACUCUAAAGGGUGUUAUGAAUCAAAAAAUGCCGUACUUUGGCUUGCAUGACGCGUCACAUCUGGUGUGCCUGUCAAGAAAUCGAAUGUAUGUUAAUUUGAUGAACAUAGAAUCAGGAGAUUGCGUUACGACAUUCAAGGCCGGUGAGGACAGGUUCCUCAACUCGUUGUUGGUGUCUGGUGAUGGCAGAAUCCUGGUGUGUGGCGAUGAGACUCAAAAGCCGUUCCCGUUACUCGUAUGGCACUUAUCGCAAAAGAAGCUGCUCUACGAUCUUCGAAUACCCCAUCAUGACUUCAUCACCUCAUUGUCGGCCAUUACACAUGAAGGAUCGUACGUAUGUGUGGUGGCCAAGGAACUUGCCGAGCCCAGUCCCAAUUUCAUUGUGGUGUACGAUCUACAAAGCGGUACGCUGUUCAAAAAGUGGAAACCAUCUUGUAACACCGUUUCGUUAGCCAUUUCCCAAACGAACACGUGUGUCAUUGCUGGCUUGGAGGAUGCCCGGAUAUUGAUAUGGGACUUGGUCACAGGAAACUGCCGAUGCACAUUGACUGGACACAGCGCACCAGUGACAUUGUUGAAGCUCGAUCCAACAGGCAAAAUACUGCUGUCCGAGGAUAAGGAAGGACGGGACAUGUCCAUCAGGUUGUGGGAGCUGGACAGUGGCAAGUCACUUGCCGUCUACACUCCAGAAGAGAAGAUCACUACUUGCGAAAUCUUGAAAGGGGGUCAGUAUUUGGCGAUUGCACUGGAGAACAAGGCUAAUGUCAUUACGCUGAAGUUGCGGGGAGGAAACGUUCCCGAACCGGAUAAAGCCAUGGAAGCGAUUGCUUACGGAAAACAGGAAAACUGUGGAAAAGUGUUCGAUUUGAAGCAGUAAGACGUCGGAGUCUGAAAUUUUGAAUGCUUUUUUUUUCAUAUUUAUUGCUGUAUGAUUUUAUGCCCACCAUUUUGCCAUACUAUAUCAUAGGUAUGAUUAGGUAUAACUGCUCCAUCGAUUAUGUGAUGCUCUUUUUUUCAUUCUUUUUUUUGAGUCCCUUACAGGAAUCCUGUUUGAGUUGAGUUUGGUCACACAAUCAAAGGACCAAAGGACUUGCUAUUGUUAGAAGAAGAAAAAUGUGCAAGUAAUAGUACAUUGCUUUGCACUAUGAUCGUAAGGAUGUGUCGUUGGUUGUUCGACUGUAGUUUCUUGUUGAUGUUGGAUUGGCUUUUCAGUCUUGACAAAAUUAAAAACUGUUAUUUUAUUUUGUCCAACGUUUCGAUCCGUUUGAGACCUUAUUCAGAGAAUCAUUUGUUACAGUUCUUUUGUUAUGUGUGCUAUCGGGUCUUCAAGCCAUCUCCUUUGCAUCGACGUGUUAGCUGCUGUCACUGUCUUUUCGCAGGCCAGUCUACGUAGCUAUUGAUGUUUAGCCUGUCGUCGACCAUUAAUCUG